UGUCAUCAUCCCAAACAGGAAACAGUAACACACCUCCUUGGACUGUCAUGCAGGUGGUCAUGUAGCCACAGUUACUUAUAUUUUAACCCUGGUUGUCUUUUUUUGACGACUGGAGUCAUUUCACCAUCUGCUUGUUUUAAAUCGCUGCUUGGUACAUUUACAGUCUGUGGGAAGAUGCUUCUGCGGACGCUGUGGACCAGACUGGGAGCUCAGCGGCCAGUGGAGAGGAACCCAGUCUGCAUCCUUGCCUCCUCCUGUCUCUCCCAGUCUAUACAACCACACCAGUAUGAACCCAAACCCAGGGCACACUCAAACUGGUCUGGCGCAGGAACCUCUCCAAGGACGUGUUAUUUAAAUACUCUUCAUCAACAGCAGAAAAACAUACAGCAUGCUCUUCCUGCGUUAGGCGGAUCUAAGAGUCUAAGCAGCACCUUGUUCAUUGACUCUGGGAUACUGACAAAAUGUAGAAGUGGACAGAAGCGUCUGUAUACUUCAGAUCUUGUGAAGCCAGUAUUAAAAUCAAGUUUAAAACCAGCCACGGUGCCCGGGAAGAGGGUUCCCAAAGGACCAAGAACAAAACAACCUUCCAGAGCCAAUCAGCCUUCCAUGGAUGAGGACAAGGAUAUGAUGCAAUGUAUUGCCUUUGCAACAGCAGAUCAGUAUCACUUGCCAACACUUUGCCAUGACUUGAUAGGCCACGGCUUCCAUGAGAUAGCUUUGCCAAGAGAUGCCUCAAACAUCUUGGUGAUAAGCACAGAAAUGGCUGCAAAACCAGAUGACAAUGCUCUAAUGUUCUUCUUCAGGGAAGGAUCUGUAGUUUUCUGGAAUGUUGAGGAGAAAAUGAUGAAAAAGGUGUUGAGAAUAUUGGAACAUCAUGAGAUUCAACCUUAUGAAGUAGCGUUAGUCCACUGGGAAAACGAAGAGAUCAACUACGCUGUUGCAGAGGGAAAUACAAAGCUUGAGCGUGGCAACUUUAUUUUGAGUGACAAGAUGGAUGAACAUGAAGCUGUUUUGGAGAAAUUUGCUUUUUCAAACGCAUUAAGUUUGUCAGUGAAGCUGGCAAUAUGGGAAGUGUCAUUAGACAACUUUGUAGAGUCAAUUCAAUCAAUUCCAGAGACACUGAAGUCAGGCAAAAGAGUCAAGUUGUCCUCGGCAGAAGUUAUGCGGAAGAUAGGAGAGCUUUUCACGUUAAGACACUGUAUCAACCUGAGGUCUGACCUUCUCAUCACACCUGAUUUUUACUGGGACCGAGAAAACCUGGAAAAACUCUAUGACAAGACCUGCCAGUUUCUCAGCAUCAACCGCAGGGUCAAUGUCAUGAACGAGAAGCUUGAACAUUGCACACAGUUGACAGACCUGAUGAGGAGUCACCUGAGUGAGAAGCACAGCCUGAGGUUGGAGUGGAUGAUAGUCAUCCUCAUUACUAUUGAAGUAAUGUUUGAACUUGCACGGAUGAUCUUCUAAGCUGCUCCUCGAGCAAUGCACAAAUCCAAAAACUACAGUAAAAAAAACUGCAAAAGAAGAAUGCUGCACUAUACAGAGGUACUCUGUUAGAUAUAUGUUAUUAUAUGUUUUCUGGAACUGAAAUCAUCAAGCGGACCUAAACACUUUUGAAUGUCUUAUUGUCCAUGUAGAGUAUACUGUCUACCUUUCAACAACAUACAGUUUAACACAUUUUUUUUCCACCAUUUCUUUACUUUUAUGCUAAACAUCAUUGGGACUUUUGAACUGUUGGCAUCAGCUGACACAGUAAUGUUAUUUUGAGUCUUGUUUGCUGAAUUUAUGUGCUUAAGAAAUUUCAUUUCAUUUUUACAUCAUGUGCAAAAGUCUAUGAAUCUUGUUUUGUAUGAAAGAUGCUGUUUUUAAAGGACUUAUUUAGAGUCUGAGGGCUGCAACAUGUGGCAUCAUUGUCGUAAUUGAACACAAGCAGUAGAAAAAGAAAACAAGGCGGGAAUAUAUACAAACUCAUCAAGUCCAUGAACUCCCAACUGUGAGUGCUGUGUUGUAGAGGAUGCAAUAAAGUAUUGGUGUUUGAAAUGUUUGCUGGUUAU